UUUUUAAAUGUUCGAGGUAAAUAACGGCAUAUCGAGCAUUAGAUGAAAUUCGCAAAGUUACAUUUAGUGCCAGCAUUGCUGCUGAUGGCAGCUGUGUGGCUGGAAAUUGUUGCUUCUGAGUACGAUGCGGUCUACGAAGGCUUGUUGGGUCGCGUUGUAACACCUGAUUUCAUUAACCAAUUAACCGGAUCAAAAGGACAAACAAGCAACUCCAAUUGCGGGUCAGUUGCAGAAACACCAUCUGAACAGAGUGAAAUAAUUUACACAGACUAUCCAGAAGAAGCAACUGAUGAGGAUAAAGAACUUACCACAUCAACAGAUGACUAUACUUCCGAUGGUAGCUUUACUCCUACACGGGGAACACAGGAUUAUUAUUACGAUUCGUCACCUGUGAGUUCAAUUGGUCGAAAUGUUGAGCAUAACAGAGCAAACGCCAUUUACAUGGCACGAAACCAGCAAACGAAUCAUGUACGACAACGUAAUCCCUCACGACGUCGUGAACAGCAACGCCGACGUAAUCCCUCACGACGUCGUACACAGCAACGCCGACGUCGGCAAAAGCGACGCAGACGCCCAUCGGCCCAAAGACGUAGACGUCCAUCGGCACAAAAGCGGAAACGACCAAAUCGUAACAACUCAAAUGACCGUCGCAGGCGACGACGUGGAGGACAACGCAAACAGCACCGCAGAGUGAUCGUGCGCAGACGUCAGGCGAACAAACGACAUAAUGGUGAAAGAGUUGAACGGCCUCCAUUAUAAGUUUAAUAAAAUUUUUUUAAUCAUAUUUA